GAAGGAGUUUGGCCUGGACAGCUUCAUCUCUCCUACGCUGCUGAGCAAUAUGAGGGAACGGGAUUUGAGGAAAGCCAUCAGCUACCACCUCAAAAAGAUCCAGUCUCUGCUGGAACCACGCCAGAAGGUGAUAUCAGCUUCUCAGGCUCGAUUGGCCUACCUCACUCAGCUUGGAGAGCUCAUUUCUUAUGGAGGACGAUCUUACACAGCUACAAUGAUGCUACAGGACAGGGAAGUGCUGGUCAGCUUGCUCGUUGGUGCCAAGUAUGGGAUGAGCCAGGUCAUCAACCACAAGCUCAAYGUGAUCUCUACGCUGGUCGAGUUCAGCAACAUCAGUCGAGUGGAGCUGUUAUCAGAAUCGGACAAAGUUAGCCUGCUGCGCAUUUCACUACAUGACAUGAAGCCAUUUGCCUUACUGAUGGAUUCUCAGGCAGCCAAAGACUUAGGGUGCCUACUGGGAGGCUACUGCAAACUCCUGGUGGAUCCAAGUGUUAAUGUCUUCCGUCUGGGGCGCCCAAAAGUGAGGGUGCACCGGAUUCCUGCUGAAGAAGGUGUGUGUGGGAAGUUCGCCGUAAUAGAGGGCGUGUGCUAUGAAUCCCUAUCAAGUUAUGUGUCUCGCUGCUGCAGUGAUUCAGAAGACUCCACAGAUGAAGACGAUCCAAUGGAUUCUCACAACUACAAAGGCCCAGACCCAGCAAGUCAGGACUGGGAGGAAAGGAGGAGAGAAGAGGAGGUAAAGAGAAAAGAGGAAGAAAGGAGAGAGAGAGAGGAGUACAAAGGAAAACAGGAAGUUCAAAUAAUAGUGACAACAGAAGACAAAGAAAAUGAGAGUGAGGAAGAAGGAGCAACAGGAAGUUGUUUGCGUAAAUUCAAAGUCAUGGAUGAGGAAAGGAACAGCUGGUACCACACGGACCCGCGAGUCACCAGCAGUUUCUCCAGCUUGUCCAGCAGCUCUUUGAGUGCUGCCCUAGAAGAAAGCAGCGCCGCAGCCAAAACUGCGUCUCGCUUAGAUCCUCUUCAUGGAUCACGCACAGGCGAGGAUCUUUCAGAUGCGGAUGGCCACCGUGCCUAUCUCCUGGAGCCAAAACGUCAAGGGCCCAUGCGACCCACCAACUUGAAUUACCGCGGCAAUGAUAACUCUUGUCUCUGCUUUGCUGAGCUCUCCAAGGCUGAUUUUCUGUCUAGCCCUUCUGGGGCCACAAGUGAUGAUGAUGAGGAGGAGGAAGAGGAGGAAGAAGAUUUGGGGGUCCYGAAACUCAGAUGCAUUUCUAAAAUCCCAAGCUCUAGAGAUCUGAGAAUGAUUGACAGCACACCUUUUGAAAGAUUGCCCAUUAGGAGAAAGAAGAAGACCCCUCCCAAAGUCCCAGUAAGGACGAGUUCCAUUCCUAAAAAUAAAGCAGGGCAAGCUGAACAUCGUUUGUCGAAGGAUGAAGAGGGUCUAUUUCUUACUCCUUCACCCAACCUCAAACCAUCUCUUUUGCUAAAGGACAAUGUCUCGGAAUCAGAAGAUGAGUUUUUUGAUGCACGAGAGAGAUUUACGCCACCAGUCCCCGAUCUUUCAGAUGCUGAACUAGCUGACCGGCGAAAUGCUAAUCGCUUGAGUGGAACCUGGAAUGGUCUUCCAGCAGCCCCUGGAAAAGAACCAUCAUCUCCUCGUGCCAAUAAAACCCAAUYCAAUAAAACUACAAAAGAAUCAGAGAUACUAAAAGAGCCAGCAAUUGAACUCAACAACAAACAACCUAGCCUUUCAAAGAAACCUGAAGUUAAGAUCAAACCACCACUGGCACCUAAGCCCCAAUUGCCUCCCAAACCUCAGAAAGUUCCUCCCAAGUCACCCCAACAUGGAAGAGCAUAUGCCCAGUGCAAUGGGGACGCCUCUGGACAUCUGUCUUCUGAACUCUUGGAAAUGGAACCAGACACCAUGGAGUUUAAAUCUGUUACACUGGGUGGAUUGUCUCUGUCGUCAUCCCUGAUCACAGCAGUGAGGAAUAGUAAACAGUCUCAACAAGCUACAACACUGCAAUCUGAGGAAAAGACAAAAAGACAAGAAAACACCCCAAAACUAAAUAAAAAUCUUGUGUGUGAAAAUGGAUCACAUGUUUCCAAAGAUAAAGUGUUGGUUCCUAAUGAAAAGGAAACUUCAAAAGCUGAGGGGAAGGUCAAUGCAACUAAGAAAAUGACAAAAAAUGCACCAAACCCACCUUCCAUCGCUCGGUCUAAUUCAGGUACAAAGCCAACCGUUCCUCCUCCAGUGGCCCCCAAGCCUCCUUCUACCAUCAGCUUCCACCCAUUGUCACUACCUGCUAGUUCGCCCGUUUCCCCCACUGACCCAAGCACAGGGAUAUUUAAAGACACAGUCAGACCACCAAAUGGAAUCCACCCUUGGAGCAGCCGCAAUGGUAGCAUCCAGUCAGGACCCCGGAGGGUCUCUCUGAGUCAUGAGAGCCUAUCACCAAAAAAUUCAGACGCACCGCUCACUAUCACCACCUCCCCAAUCUCAGCUAUCUCUAAAGGCAUCGAGGACCUAGAAGGUAAAGAACCUGGACGAUCUGGUUCAGGGUCCGACCUGAGAACUAGCUCCUCCAGCCUGGGAGGCAGACUACCAGCCACUGCUUUGCGAGGGAAGAUCCAGUCCUUGCCUUGGUACAUGACUCGCUCCCAAGAGAUCCUAGGAACUCCUGACUAUCCCUCCACAUGCUCCAUCAAUGGUGACACAUCAGGCUUUGGGUCUGGUUUGUCUGUUGCAAGUGGUUUAUCAGACUUAAAUAAAACCCCUGUCAAGGACAAAGAGACAGUGGCCUUAACAUCCGAAAGCAAAGGGAACAUUUUAGAUGACGGAGCCGAGGUUGUCAUUGCAACUAUCAAGGAGGCUCAGGACGUAAGUUCACAUAUGAAAAAGGCCAAUGGAACAAAUGGCUCACACCCGAACCUGAGCUUUAGAGGGAGCAGUUCGCACAGUGACAGUGUCUCGUCCGAGCAGCCACAGUCACGUCCUCAUUCCGCUGUGGGGCUGGGAGGUGUUACUAACAUGCAGAUCGGCGGUGACUCGCCCACCUCCUCGGCAGCAGACACUACUCCACCACAGCAACACAGAGAGGCUUGUGGCUGUCGCACUGUUUACGCCAACUGCUUCAGCGGAGACACCGAGGAUGGCAUCAGCUUCGAUGAGGAGCUCACCGUCUAUGAAUUCUCCCGCCGCAUACGCCCCAAACCUGCUCAAACUGCCUCUGCCCCAUCUCCGACAACACCCUCACCAAAAUCCAAUAUUCUGUCAUUGUUGAGAGACAACCCACGGCCACUGUCCACACUCUCCACUACAUCUUCUGAACUCAGUCCUCUUGUUYCCUGUCCAGUUUCCUCCACAACCUCGUUUGGUGGUCCCCUUCGUUCCCUUACCAACAAAAACUAUGGAGGGCUAAAGGGGGGUUUUGCUUCUCUACGUGAAGAUAUAGAUCAGCUUCUUUUGGUAUUAGAGAGGGAAACCCUGGAUCAGUUACAACAACGUUCAAAAUUAGACAGCACAGGUGUAAAAGUAGGGCCUGACCUAAAUCACAACGGAACUGAAGACAAUGCUGCCUUGAUAGGAAGCCAGAUGUGCACAGGGGCAAGUCCAGCCACCAUGACGGAGCCGGAGAGGAGUCUUCUCCAAGCAGAGGCUCGACGAUUGGCAUCCGGGUGUCAACGGGCCACACGGGUGGGCUGGGCUCCCGAUGAGGCGCUCCGUUCUUUAUCCAACAGCUUCAGUGCACUGGUUCAGCUGACAGCAGCCUGCCUGCAGACAAACCCCUGUCCUGGUUGUAACAUCUGCCAGAAAUCAAGGCAGGUCCACAGGGAUCACGACGAUGAUGGGCAGCAGCCCAUGGAAAAGCUAAAGGAGAUAGUGGGUCUGUAUCGAGAGUUUGUCGGGGCGGUUGAGACAGCCGGAACUUGUGUCAUGGUCGGGAAUAAGUCUGGGUCGGGACAGGGUCAGGGAGAGACGGACGGAGUGAGGUUGCUUGCUAAACGUUGCACUGUGCUCAUCUCAUCGGUAUUCGCACUUACACAACUCUUCCGGACACCCGCACUGGAAGCCACAGACACGCCUGGACACGUACCUCUUAAUUUUUGACCUGUGUGAACAUMUAACUGACUCUAGAGGUGAGAUAUGAAGAAACAGCACAGAGCGACCUGACCUGGGACUCUCGUAUUUUUGUACAAGUGCCACAUGCAUUCACAGCACCCCCCCACACACACACACCAACACGACACAUAAUCCUGAAGAGAUAAAAGGUCUAUUCUCUGCAUCUUUCCAUGAAAUGCAUAUGGACUAUGCAUUUUUGCAUACAAAUUUUAUAAUUAUCUUAUAUUUCUUUUAUUUUAUGAUACAAUAUGUGAUGUAUGGAUGGAUUAUCCAUGUAUGUAUUUAUGUAUUUAUUUUUACUAUUGCUGCACCAUGAUCUGCAACAUGCAGGUCUACGGUGAGUAAAACAUAAAAAAAAAAAACUAUGGAUGUCACUGGAAUUAUUUUCCCUUGUCUUUGAGACAGUAUUAUGUUAUUAUUAUUUUGUUGCAUUGAAGUUAUUGCCACUCUACAAGGUGUAAUCUGUAAAUUGUCAUUUUCAAGUUUAUUAUUGCGGUUUACAGACUAAAUACAGAGGAUAUACUUUAUCACACUUUUUUGAAAUAUGGUAAAAGUUUUAUUUGUGUAGGAUUUGCACCUUUUUAAGUAUUCAGCUUUUUAACGUUACAGUCACAAAUGUGGAAAUACAAACACCAUUACACAGCAGGUAGAGCACUUUUGACUGUUACAGAUUGCACCUUUUUUGUGAGACAUGUGACCUUGUGUAAAAAAAAAAGUUUUUCUACCCCAUUUCUUGUCCAUAUUGUUUUGUGUAAAUGUGUCUUGGAAAUACUCCCAUUACCCAAAYGUAUGCAGUAUUACAGCAUUUUCAUGCAAAUAUUUACGUUUUCUGGAAAUGUGGGGAUGGCAAGGGGCCCAGGCAGCAAAACAAUGGACCUUAUUUAUGUAGUUGAAAAUGUCUGUGAYGUGGCACAAGGGAGACUGUUAACUCUGUCCAGAUGUAGCAAAGAUCCAAAGUAUAUAUGUAAAAAAACUGAGCCACAACUGUUUCUUGCUAUUGUUUACUCCUAGGAUACCACUUUAUUAUUAACACAGUGACAGWUGAGCAGACUGCUUAAGUCAGAACUGUUGGUUUAAACCUGUCUAACUUUCGUUUAUGGCUAUGCAAACAUGAACUCAUCAAUUAUCGCACAUUGUCUUUUUGUUUUGUGCUGACAUUAAAAACAAAAGCAAAAGCAUUUUUUUCUAAUAUCGUGGGUGCUUUCUUUGUUUGGAAUGUUGGCGAAAUUGUUGGGUUUCUUUUUUACAAAAAUGCCUGCAUUAUGGAUGGCAGUGUUUUGCAAAGUUGCAUGGCGUUAGCAUGGUCAUUAUAAAGGCCCGUGUUUAUACUGAUGUGAAUUGUUACUAAAUGGAUUGCUCAAACAGCUUGCCAUUUAACUUGACACCUCACUUGAAGGAUUUAAACCCCCCAUUCCAAAGAAAUUAGGACAUGUAAAAUGUAAAUAAAAACAGAAAGCAAUUUUAAAAUCUCAUAUUUAAAUUUUAAACUAGUUUUAGUCACAACAGAACAUAGUAAAUGUAUCAAAUGUUUAAACUCGGUUAAGGCAAUUUAGAAUUUGAUGGCAGCAACACAUCUUUAACAAGUGGAGAAAGGAUUAUGUUUACCACUGUGAAGAAUCCCCCUUUAACAAGAGCCUGUAAACAUCUAACUGAGGAGACCAGUUUUUAGAGGGGAAUGUUCCAUUCUUUUCCAAUACAGGAUUCUAGCUGUUCAACAGUCCUGGUUUACACUGAAUGGGAGUAUAUGUUGUUCUAAAAYAAAUGUUUAACCUGUACGUCAUAUGCACUAAUGUACCCCUAUACCAUCAGAGAGGCAGYCUUUUGAACUGAUUGCUGGAUGGUUCCUCCUCUUUAAUCCAGAUCUCCCAAAGAGAAUCCAAUAUUGACUUUCAGCCUUGUCCACUGCUCUUUAGUGAGCAUUUAUCAAAUGAGCAAAUCUAUGUAUURUGUUUUAUUUACAUUUUAUGCGUCUUGACCUUUUAGAAUUGGGGUUGUGCUUCGACAAGCAGGCAUUUAAGCCUAAUCGGCCUGUAGUUGUUUGUACAAAAUUAAGAGGAUUAGCCAAAAUGAAGACCACUGAAGUAUUCAGAAACAGCUGGUGAGGAGAGGUGGUGUAUUUCAUCCUCCAAAACAUCACUAAAUUAAUAUUUAAGGUGAAAAAGGCAGGACUCUUGUUUGAGGCCAGUUUUCCAGCUGCCACGACACCAGGAAGCUUUGUCCCACACAGAACUAGACCUAACCUAAAAACCCAUUGUGAUGUCUUUAUGAGUGUUUUUUUUGUCUCGUUUAUUAGGCAGGCUCAUAUAACAUGGAGUGCCUGUGUCACCAUCUUCUCUUUGUACAAUAAACCGAACAGUUUCGUACUUUCUACAUAACAACUUUUCCUUACAACAAAGUUAAUGUAACAUGAAAAUGUAACAUUUGGGAAUAAAUGACACACUGACCUUAAA